GCCACAAGUAUGCGGGAUGCAGACAAGUUGGCCCCAGUUUUUGCUGGGAUAGCUCAAAAUUGGAAAUUGAGCAAUCCCGACACAGCAGCGUUUAUAUGUUCGCUGGAUGUUUUACCCACAUCAGAUAACACGGAUGGCAUGUACUGUUGCAGUGCCUUUUCUUAUCGAGCGAUACAUACGCAAGGCCUUGAAGACACAAAAUGAAAUGAAACGUCGAAAUUGGUCCGUUUUGCGGUAUCGCCUCGCCGUGGCCACAUAUUCAGAAAUCAGCCUGAGCUCGUGUUUCUGCGCUCUGAGGAACGCCGUGUACAGUUGGACAUAGGGACGGCAAUUAGGGCGCUUAAACGUCGGAUGGUGACCACUGACGAGGAUGGGAAAUUUCUUGACCGAUUCAUCGGUGGUGGGGAUGGACGGAUCGAAGAGCAAUACACUUGCUGCCCGCACUGUGAAUGUGCGAUGCUGGCGGCACUCCUUCAACGGUGGAAGAAGCACCAAAGUGCUUCAGUCAUCGGGGUGUCGAAGCUGUCUUGCUUCGGCUGCCGCUUAUUUUUCACAGCUUACAGGGAUGUAUGUAGUCAGUUACCAGGAAUUGACUGGCCUCCAUCCUUUGUCAUGACCGGAGCACACAACAAUUUGUACCUCCCAUAGAUUUCACUGGAUUUAACAUCUAUCGAUUCUGUUCUACAUGCUGCAGUCCCACAACGCCUCUUAAUAUUAGCACAGAAUGCGUCUAUAGCGCCAUGUCAAGUCAAAUUGCCGAUACUCGGAGAGUACCACACAUUCUUCAGAGGACGACAUGUAUUCGGCGGAAUUGCCUCUUG